AUGUCCAAGGGUACUGGCCUCAUUCGACGCUUGUCUCGCGGUGCCCACAACAGACUCAGGAGACGUCCCUCCACCACACAGACAAAUCGCAUUCGCGAUCAAAGCGCUGGUCCCGUCCUUGUACGGAGAAGGAGCGAUAGCACUGGACAAUCAGAUCUAGCUGGCGACAUGUCCGACCUUGAUCUUGGUCGCACUUCCGAGGACGGCAAUGAGGAUCUUGUCACAGAGUAUCCUCCUCCUCCUCCUCCUCCAGACACUUCAAACAACCUCGGCGGUCUCGCCAGUCGCAAAACCUCAGCAGCCACAAUCGAAGGUGGUGUCGCUCCGACCAUCUCUUCAGUCCUGGAGCAAGGUACUUGGCUUACAAAGGUCACCAAGAAGAAGCGCAAAGUUCUCAAGUUCCGUCUGGAUCCAUUGGCUGCCAAGGUCUGCUGGAACCCUUCCAAUCCUUCAAAACAAUUCUACAUAGACGAUGUCCGCGACAUCAGAGUCGGUGCUGAGGCGAAAUCAUCACGCCAGGAUAUUCAAAUCCCCCAUGACCAAGAGCGAUGCUGGAUUACCAUUGUCUACGACGCCUAUGAGCGAUCCAAGGGUAGUUCCAUCAAAACCAUGCACCUUAUCGCACCUAACGACUACAUUGUCAAGCUCUGGACUGACGCGCUGAAUGUCGUAUCACGCGAGCGCAUUGAAAUUAUGAAUGCGCUGUCAGCAAAUCCCGACAAAAGUGAGCGCAGCAUGAGGAUGGCGUGGAAACAAGCCACGUCACGGAAGAAUCCUGAUGCUGAACCAAAAAUCGAUUUCGAAGAUGCAAAGUGGAUCUGCCGUAAGCUCGAAAUCAAUUGCUCCCUCAACAACGUUCGUGCGCACUUCAAUCACGCGGAUCAUGAUCUGGUGGGUGAGCUCAACUACUCGCAAUACCAGUACUUUGUCAAUCUGUUCAAGAUUCGUAAGGAUGUCCAGUCUCUUUACUAUGGUAUCAAGCGCUCGGACGAGCCAGAGCUUAGUCAAGAGGCAUUCCUUGACUUUUUGCGCAAGGAGCAACGUAUUGAUGUCGAAAAGGAUCGUGCAUCAUGGGAAAGCAAAUUCGAGCUUUACUGCCGAAGUGCUUCUGGCAAAGCCACUGACCGUCAAGCACCGCCAACCAUGAAUCUGCAGGCUUUCCAGACGUUCCUGUCAUCUGGCUCGAACGGCGCUACUGCUUCGAUAAAGUCUGACCCAACUCUUGAUCGUCCGCUGAACGAGUACUUUAUCUCAAGCUCCCACAACACAUACCUCAUGGGUCGUCAAGUCGCCGGUCUCUCCAGUGUGGAAGGCUACAUUUCAGCGCUUGUCAAGGGAUGUAGAUGCAUCGAGAUUGACUGCUGGGAUGGCAAGAACGGUCUACCCAUCGUCAAUCAUGGCCGAACUUUGACCACCGAAGUCAUGUUCGAAGAUUGUAUCGCUGUCAUCUCGCGUUAUGCAUUUGCAUCUUCUGUCUACCCAUUGAUCAUUUCGUUGGAAGUCCAUUGCAAUCCGGACCAACAGCUUCACAUGGUCAAUAUCAUGAAGUUGUACUUUGGAGAUACCUUACUUACCACACCACUGGUCGAAAAUGCAUCCGUGCUCCCAUCACCUGAAGAGCUCAAGAACAAAAUCUUGAUCAAGGUCAAAGCAGCUUCGCAGCAAUAUGGCACUCAAGAGUUUGCAGACAGUGCAAGUGCUCGCCGUCAGCGAAGCUUCAGCUCUCCAUUUAGUCGAGCAGCAGACAAUAGCAUCCCUCCCUCGCCGCUCCAGAAUGCUGUCAAUGGCGAUGGUCUUGCUAGCAGACCCUCGAACACAUGGCCAGUGCUCCGUGGCUCCUCGUCUGCUCAAAGCACAGCACCUUCCACCUCGAGCUCUUCUGAAGACAGCGAUAGCACGCCUGCGUCUGUUGAAUCGAAGAAGAAGAAUAGCAGCAAUAGCAGCAAGAAGACCAGCAACAUCGUACCUGCACUGGGUGCUCUUGGUGUCUAUGCUUGCGGUAUCAAGUACUCCGACUUUUCCGCUCAAGAAGCAAAAACAUACAAUCAUAUUUACUCCUUCGCCGAGAACACAUUCGAUCGAAUCUCUAGGGACCCUGAAGUCAAGAGUCAGCUUGAAAAGCACAAUUCCCGCUAUCUCAUGAGAGUCUAUCCUGCCGCCAUCCGUAUCGACUCUUCAAACUUCAACCCGCUGCAGUCUUGGAAGCGUGGUGUCCAGAUGGCUGCUCUGAACUGGCAGACGUACGACAUCCAUUUGCAGAUGAAUGAGGCCAUGUUCGCUGCUGGCACAGAUCGCACUGGAUACGUCCUUAAACCAGAGGAGAUGCGCUACAACAAGCAAUCCCAAACCAGUGGUUCCCUACUUGAUGGUCUCAGGUUUCUCAAGAGAGGAAAGCACCUAGUACAAUUCAGCGUCGACAUCGUCUCAGCUCAACGCCUCCCCCGACCUCGUAAUCAUAACCCCGAGCUAGGCAUGAAUCCAUAUGUAGAGUUCGAAGUAUAUGCCGCAGAAGACAACAAGUCUCGCGGAUAUGCCAAGGUCGAUGGUGGUAUUGAUAUCCAACCUUCUGGUAUGGGGCCAUCCGUGAAGAGAAGGACUAGACUCAUUGAAGGCAAUGGCUUCGACCCAAAUUUCGGUGACUGCUUCCGUGUUUCUCUAGAGACCAAAUACCCAAGCUUGGUAUUUGUCAGAUGCACAGUCUGGAAUUCACCCGAUGGACGCAAUGCUUCGUCUAACAGCACGCUCCUUGCCACCUUCACAGCAAAACUCACCAGCCUUCAACAAGGCUAUCGCCAUCUCCCCCUCUUCAAUUCCUACGGCGAACGUUACCGCGAUGCCAAACUAUUUGUUCGAAUCAAGAAAGACUCGCCAAUCGCCUUGUCAUCGGCAGAGCUUGAUUCAAAAGACGAACCUUUACCCACAGUCUCCGAUCCGCGGGCGGAAUCUUCAAGACAAGGGUCAAGAUCAUGGUCUAGGAAGAUUUUCCAACGUGCGUCCAGCGAACGACGACGCCGACCACAAUGGCCUGAAUGGCAAGGACCUCUUAGCAGGACUUCCAGCACUGAACGAUGA